UAGGUUUUUCCCUUAGUCAGUUAUAACAGGUAAACACGUUUUCAAACGGUAUUUUGUGAAAUGGCGUUUUCGUUAAUAGAUGCAGUACGUUGUGGAGAUACAGAAACAGCGAAAAAAAUAUUAAUGAACAAAAAAUAUACUGCUAUUGAUAUACAAGGUUCGAAAAAUGAUGGAACUGCAUUAUUUUGGGCAUGUUGUCGUGGAUUUUUGGAUAUACUACACAUACUAGUUAUUCAAGGGGCUAGUUUGAACUCAAAAACUGCAUGGGGAGCAACACCAAUACACGCAGCUUGUGAUAAUAAUCAACCUGAAAUCGUAAGGUUACUGAUAAAAUAUGGAUGUGAUUUAAACGAGAAAACGGAUAGUGGUGAUACACCGUUACAUUUAGCUUGUUACAGAGGAUUUCCGGAAAUUGUUCAGAUACUAAUUGAAGCGGGAGCUAACUUCAAUAUUUUCAAUAGCAAACAUCAGAUUCCUUCCGAUUUAGCUUAUGUGCAAGGAUAUUAUACAAUUGUCAAUUAUUUACAAGCAGUAAAACAAAUAGUUAAAAAUUCUUCUUCAAAGGGUAAACACAGAAGACUGAGCGAUCAUAAUUGUGUUACAUGCUGUUUGUCUCAAGAUCCAAAUGUUCCAAGAGAGGUCUAUGAAUAUUGGACCAGAAAUGACAUCUGUCUACAAAGUUGUUCUGGCAAGGAAAACAAUCUUUCAAAUCAACAAAAUAAAUCAACUCAUCAUCGAAACGUUUGAAGGAUUUCCCUUGUACACUUGGUAUUUCAAAUUAGCCAGAAGUCGUCAAUCCAUGGUCGUUGAUUAGAUAUUUAUUGGAGGAAGUGAUCGGAAAAUUAGUUAAUGUUAUGAGAAAAUGACAUUAUUAUUACCCAAAAUAAUAGACAUUAACAUGUUGGUGGAGUUUUAAUAAAGUUUUCCUGGUUCAUAACAUUAACGAAAUGCGAUAAUGAAGUCGACAGCGGGAAACGUGCAAGAUCUAUCCAUUAGUUACCGUAUAAAGUGUCCAUGCAUUAUUAAACUGAGCUAAAAAAAAAGUUCAUCAUACACAUUUUGACAAUUAUGUCUACAUAAUUUACGUGAUUCCUGCUAAUACAUCAUGCAUCAUGCUAUGUGAACUGUGAUAUUUUUUGUGAAGACAUUUAAUGGGUUAUUCUAUUUUAUCGCCAAGUAAGUUGUUGAUAAUAAAAAAAAAUCCAUGAUUUUAA